CUCCCCUCUCUUCUCUUCCACCCACACGGCCACACCCACACUUGCUGUUCAAUCCUAGACCAAAACCCUAUUUUUUGCCUUGCUCUCUGCAUCUGUCGCCAAAGAUGCAGAUCUUCGUCAAAACCCUAACGGGUAAGACCAUAACUCUAGAGGUAGAGUCUUCGGACACUAUCGACAAUGUGAAGGCCAAGAUCCAAGACAAGGAGGGCAUUCCACCGGACCAGCAGCGCCUCAUCUUCGCUGGAAAACAACUAGAAGACGGCCGGACCCUUGCCGACUACAACAUUCAGAAGGAGUCGACUCUUCAUCUGGUGUUGCGCUUGAGGGGCGGAGCCAAGAAGAGGAAGAAGAAGACCUAUACCAAACCCAAGAAGAUCAAGCACAAGAAGAAGAAGGUCAAGCUCUCCAUUCUUCAGUUCUACAAGGUUGAUGACAGCGGUAAGGUGCAGAGGCUGAGGAAGGAGUGCCCCAACGCUGAUUGUGGCGCUGGUACUUUUAUGGCUAAUCAUUUUGAUAGGCACUACUGUGGUAAGUGUGGUCUCACCUACGUUUACCAGAAGGCAGGCGGUGACUGAUCGUAUAAGAUUCAUCCGGAGAGCAGAGCACAAAUUUAUUUUCAAAUGUUUUUCUUAUUUUUGACCUGAAUGUUGAACUUACUUUUAUUGCUGUAUUUUUAUGAGAUAUUUUGCUAUUCUGGAUAAUGACUAUUUUGCAUUUUAAUGGUCAAUUUCCGUUUUGACGUUA